UACACCAUUUGGAAAAUUACAACGUAGAAACUAACUAAUUUUAGCAAUAUGGAAAUCAUUAUCCUCUCUAAGGAAAAAGUGAAGCCAUCAACACCAACACCUCUACAUCUAAGAAAUCAUAACUUGUGUUUUUUUGAUCAACUAGCAUUUGGAAUAUGCAUCACACCUAUCUUCUUCUACAAAAACAACAACAAUAUUGUUGAUAAUCAUCUCAAGAAUUCCCUCGCAGAAACCUUAACCCUAUUCUAUCCUCUAGCUGGCGAGCUUAGUUCAGAAGAUUCAACUUUUGUGGAUUGUAAUGAUAAUGGAGUUCUUUAUGUGGAGGCUCGUGUAAAGGACGUUUGUAUGGAUGAGUUUCUUCGAAACAUUGAUCUCUCACAACUCAUUAACUUCCUUCCACAAAAUGCAAGCAUGGGUAGCAAGAUGAACUAUGUUCAAACUCUUGAAACCCUAGUUUCUAUACAAGUAACUAGGUUUGAUUGUGGUGGAGUCGCAAUUGGUGGAGUCUUGUUUCAUAAACUCUUGGAUGGAGAUACGAUGAGCAAAUUUUUCAACACGUGGGCUAAGAUUGCAUGUGGAGAUAAUGAUGAUGGAGUUGAAAAUAUGGCGUCUCUUGAUUUCACAUCAUCAUCACUUCUAUUUCCAGCUCAAAAUUUUCCUCAGGAGUUUCUCGAAACCAAAAAAAGGAUAUUUUUCUACGAGGAGAAAUCCCUCGUUAGGAGAUUCGUGUUCUAUGCCAAAGCAAUUGAAUCCAUUAAGAUGAAAGUGUCUAGUGAAAAUGUGCCUAAUCCAAGUCGAGUUGAGGCAUUGACUACUUUCAUUUGGAAGCACAUGAUUUUAGCAACAAGAGCAACAAAGGGAAUUAGCUCAAGGCCAAUCAUGGUAGCACAUCUUGUGAACUUGAGAUCAAGAAUUGAACCAAAAUUGCCUAAUGCAUUUGGGAAUUUAGUCUUUGUAGCAAAUAGUGAAGUUAUAGAAAUGAGUGAUCAUGAAUUGGAAUUGCCUCACUUGUUGGGAAUAGUGAGAGAGAUGUUUGAGACUAUGAAUAGUGAAAACUUGAAAGCUUUGGAAGGAGAUGAUGCACUUGAUUGUAUUGUGGAUAUGGCAACACAAGUUGGGAGCUUAUUGCCACAACUAGAUACUUAUAAGUUCUCAAGUUGGUGCAAUUUUGGACUUUAUGAUGUUGAUUUUGGAUGGGGAAAGCCUAUUUUUAUUGCUCCCUUUAUUGAACCUAUUAGCUCAUUGAAUAAGCAACAAAUUAUCCUUGUGGAAAAUGGAAGGAAUGAUGGAAUUGAGGCUUGGAUCCUUAGAAACAAUGAGGAAAUGCUUGAGUUGGAGAGUGAUGAGGAAUUUCUAGCUUAUGCAUCUCCAAAUCGUAGUUUUCAAUGUGCCCCUUGAUCUUGUUCGAUUUUAUUGGAUGUUCACUACUAAAACACACAGGAAUUUCCAACAGACAUUCAAUCAGAAAUCCAUCAGAAUUUAGUUCGUCAAUAUCUUUUUUUUUAUGAAUUUCCAACUGAUUAUGUUGGAAACAUCUACUAAUAUAAAUCCCUAUCUUAGUAGUGUGUCGUCCAUUUGAAGUACUUAUGUAGGGAUUAUCAUGACAUCUAGAUCGACGUAAGGUGCGUAGCGGUAACUUUUAUGCAGGGAAUAAUAAUAAUGUAGGGAAUGCUUACUUUAAGGGUGGUUUUUUUUAGAUAUUCUGUUUUCACUUCACUUCACUA